UCGACACCGGAUGCAGAUAGGAUUGGUCAGAUGACGUCAGGGAAGUUGUGUACAAUCACACUCGAUUCGCGCGUUUGGAGAAAGUUGGCGCGUAUGCUUGGCUCUAACAGGACACAUUGCAGAGAAACCAGGUGUCAGCGAACAGUAGCAGAUCAUCCUUACUCCAUUUACUUGUACUGAAGAUAUGGCUGUUGUUCUGUCAGAUGGAGCCAUAGAGGCUCUAACUAAAGGCCAAGAUGUCAACAACCCAAUGUUGCAGUUGGUGAAUAUUCGCAAAAUUGAUGGAGGGAAUGGCCCAGUUCGAUUCCGGCUCAUGAUGAGUGACGGACAACACACUAUGUCCUCUUUCAUGCUCUCCACCCAGCUCAACCCUCUGGCAGAAGAGAAUCAGCUGGCACCCAACUGUGUGUGCAUGCUGAAGAGGAGUGUGACAAACGUACUUAAAGAUGGACGACGUGUUGUGGUGGUCCUAGACAUGGAAGUCGUGAAAUCGGCAGAGGAGGUUGGCGGUAAAAUUGGUGAACCCACACCCUAUGUUGAAGGUCAGGCAAAGGCCCCACAGUCCGCAGUGCCCAACCCCUCUGUCCGCCCCUUGCAGCCCCAGAAUGGAAGUGAUGGUAUGGCCAAGGGCUCAGCCAAACCAGCAUUUGGCAAAAAGCCCCUAGUUGCCCCCAGUACACCAGGAGGCACAUCCAAAGUUGCCCCCAUCGCCAGCCUGAAUCCAUAUCAGUCCAAGUGGACUAUUCGAGCUCGCGUUACUAACAAGAGUGGUAUCCGCACAUGGAGUAACUCGCGGGGUGAAGGAAAGUUGUUCUCCAUGGACCUGGUGGAUGAAAGUGGAGAGAUCAGAGUGACUGCGUUCACUCAGGAGGUGGACAAAUUCUACUCGCUGGUUGAGCAGGGCAAGGUCUACUACAUCUCCAAAGGCUCGCUGAAGAUGGCCAACAAGCAGUACUCCACCCUGAAGAACGAUUAUGAGAUGACACUGAACGGAGACUCCACGGUCAUCCCCUGCGAUGACAGCAGCGACGUGCCCACCCUUCAGUACAGCUUCGUGCCCAUCGGAGACCUGGAGGCCCAUGAGAAGGAUGCCAUCGUGGACGUGAUCGGCGUGGUCAAGACUGUGGAGGACCUGGCGCGCAUCACCACCAAAAACAGCCGCGAGGUGUCCAAGAGGAACAUCCACCUGAUGGACAUGUCUGGACGAGUCAUCUCCCUCACCAUGUGGGGGGCUGAGGCAGAGACUUUCGAUGGCUCCGGGCAGCCCAUCAUGGCCAUCAAAGGGGCCCGUCUCUCAGACUUCGGCGGCCGCUCUCUCAGUACCCUGUUCAGCAGCGUGGUCAUGAUGAAUCCAGACCUGCCGGAGGCUUACAAGCUGCGUGGCUGGUAUGAUAAGGAGGGCCAUGCGAUGGAUGGGCAGUCCAUGACGGAGCUGCGGGGAGGGGGCGGAGGUGGAGGCAACACCAACUGGAAGACCCUGGCAGAUGUCAAGACCGAGCACCUAGGUCACGGAGAGAAGCCUGACUACUUCAGCUGCAUUGGGACGGUGGUGCACCUGCGCAAGGAGAACUGCAUGUACCAGGCCUGCCCCAGCGCGGACUGCAACAAGAAGGUGGUGGACCAGCAGAAUGGCAUGUACCGCUGCGAGAAGUGCGACAAGGAGUUCCCUGAGUUCAAGUACCGCCUCAUGCUGUCGGCCAACAUCGCUGACUUUGGGGAUAACCAGUGGGUGACGUGCUUUCAAGACACAGCAGAAGCCAUUCUGGGCCAGAACUCUGCAUACGUUGGGCAGCUCAAGGACUCGAAUGAGGCAGCUUUUGAUGAGAUCUUCCAGCAAGCCAACUUCAACACCUUUGUCCUCCGCAACCGAGUGAAGCUGGAAACAUACAAUGAUGAGUCACGCAUCAAGGUGACCGUGAUGGACGCCAAGCCUGUGGACCACAAGGAGUACAGCAAGCGGCUGAUCAUGAGCAUCAGGAAGCUGGCUACCCAGUAGAAGAGUGUCCUGCCCUGCCCUGCCCUUCCAGCGUUCCAGCCACACUCUCAGCAGCACUUCACCGGCGCCAUGUUCCAUUUCUACUCCGCCGAUAGAUUUAUAUAUUUUUACUGUUUUAUUUUUGGCAGUGUGGAGUCCUUCAACCUUUAAUUGGUGAGAUUUGCCCGUGCUUAAUUGGCCUUUUGCUCUGUUGCGGCCAGCCUCCCGUGUUCGACUCCAUGUGAGAGCCAGAGUCAUUUAGAAUGUGUGCCCGUCCCUCUGGCUCUGCUGGGCGGGGGGAGAGCAAAUGGUUUACUCUUUUAGGAAACUGCUGACAGUUCUCUCUUUUUUUUUUUUUUUUUUUUUCGUGGCAGAUAGGAAGGACUGUAAAAAGGGGAUUUGAGGGAGGGGGAGAGAGAGAGUGGGAGAGGGUGGGUGGAUGUGGGAGAUUGGAGGGAGGCAGAGGGGAUAGUAGGGUUGGUGUGGGAGUGAGUUAGAACGCAAUGCAGGUAUGGGCCUACCCUGU